UUCAAGUGUAGAGUUUUCUGAUAGAAAAAUGCGCUACUUAGGUCUGGUUUUCUUUCUGCUCGUCGCGAUGCAACCCUGGAGAACGGGGGACACCGAGUGCUGUACCGGGACUUACACAAGAUUCGGGAUUAAGCCCAAGGAUGACUGCAACAAUUAUGCAGAAAGUAACCACCUUUGGUUCACAGACAGCUGCUGGAAAUGGUUUUGCGGCAACUUGACAGCACCCUCGCCCUGUUGUGGAGUGGGAAGUUGCAACAUAUUCUGUUGCAACUGCGAUGAUGGCUGUAUUCGAGGCAGUGUUGUGGGACAAUUAAUGGAAAGAUUUGGCUCCAAUAUAACUAUGAUAACACCUGAGCCAAAAAAGCCAAUCAUAUUCAAAUAUGAUACCAACAAAACGGAAACUGUUAACAACGAAACCGUAGUAACGGAAUCGAAAGGAACCACUGAAUUAAAACCCGUAGAUGAGGAGGGAAAUCCGCUUUUGGCUUAAUAUAUAUAAAGACUUCCAACUUUUUAUAUUAACUACAGUGAUUUAUAUUGGAACCGGUACUGGAACCAUUAACCGAAACUAACCGCUUAAUUUUAAGUACCGGUACCAAAACUGUAGCCGAAAUAAAUUAUUUUUCAAAACGGAAUAC